AAGGUGAACAUUCCCAAAUGGAAUACACGUGCCCGGUUUUACUCUGUCAGCAUUUAAGAUAUGGGUGUGAUAUCCACUGUUUCGCAGCGAGAAAUGGAAGCAAAUGUGGUUAGUACUUAUCUAUCAUAUCUACAUCUGUUUUGCAUGUCAAUAUGUGGUUAGUAAACAAAAUUCUAGUUAUGAGACUGUAUACUACAAUUUACAGUGAUUCGAGCACUUCGUCAACAUAUACCAACAAUUGUCUACUAUAGUAUCACAAGUUCUCACUACUGUAUACAUUUAAUUUUUCUAAACACAAUCUGCUACUUAUUGAAAUACUUGUGUACUGUACCAUUUGACACCGUUUUGUGUUAUAUACCAAAAGCUAUCUCACGUUGCUGUUCAAUUGAUGUAUUUAUAAUUUACAAAUGUUAUACCAUAUACUAUAUAUGCAAAGGAUGAAUUGAAAAAAUGCUGACAUGAAAUAACUGAAGUAUAGCUGUAGAUGAUGUUCAAGCGAUUCUCGUAUACUGGUGUACUAAUGUUUUAUUUACGUGAAAGUAACAGAAGCUAUUUUUGUACAGAAGACAUUUUUGUAUAUAUGAUUAUUUAUAUUCAGUACAGCGCUAUGCUAACAUUUUUUUUCAGAAUUAAAAACAUGUAUGGGGUUACACCACUGCUUAUAUGAUAAUGAAGAACAACUGCCUCUGCCAAAUGUUUGUGAUCGAGCACAUCAAUACCCGGAGGAGUCGUGUCCACCAUUGUGCAUGUGUAUCGGUUUAACUUUGAACUUUAGAAACAUUUCCCGCGUUGAUGCUUAUCCCUCAUUGCAUGCUUUGUCCGUCACAUACAGUGGAGAUGAUCAUCGAUACCCAACAUUUCUUAAAUCGUCAUCAAUCCGUUAUCUGAUCCUUACUGACCUAGUCGUUAUUCCAGACCAUUUUUUCCGUAGACUUUACCGCCUAUCUUUGCUAGACGCAUCUAACAAUAGAUUGUCUUUUCUUCCUGACCACCUGUUCAGCGAUUUGUUUUCACUUGAAACUCUAAAUCUAGCCUUUAAUGAAAUAGCGAAUAUUUCCAGAAGUUUGUUCAGUAAUCUUACCAAACUACGUACUGUAGAUCUCUCCCACAACGGUAUAACUUCUCUCCCAGAUGGUCUAUUCCGUGCGUCGCCUCUAGAUAAACUGGAUUUAUCGCACAACAAGAUUUCAGAUGUUGCUGAAUAUGCAUUUGCAGGAUUAAAAAAGCUUUAUCGUUUAGAUUUGUCCUUUAAUGAACUGGCGAUGCUCCCCAGUGGUACUUUCAGUGGCCUCUCCGAGCUAUAUUAUCUUCAUCUAAACAACAAUAGAUUAGCCACAUUACACAGCCGAAUUUUUGCCACUUUAUACUACCUCUUUGAACUCAAUUUGUCCGAUAACGCUUUAGAAACUCUACCUAAUCACACAUUCGAUGGUAUGGUCUGGAAUGCUAAUCUUUAUCUGGCCAGAAACAAACUAUCAGUCAUUCCAGAUGGAAUUUUUCCGUUCUAUGAACCUGUAAUUCUUGAUCUAUCUGUAAAUGCGUUAGAAAACCUGCCUGAUGAUAUUCUGACAGAUGGCGAUACACUUAAAGUAUUACGUCUUGAUAGGAACAAUAUAUCAGUUUUGCCCGAUAAUAUAUUUAAAAGAAUGCUUGUCCUUUCUGAACUAGAUCUCUCUAGCAAUACUAUAUACAAUCUUCCAAAAGAUGUUUUCCGGUCUCUCGCUUCUCUUCUAGAACUAAAUAUGAAAAGAAACAAGCUGUCAUAUAUACCGAAUAACGCCUUUAGGACUCUAAAGAAACUCAGUUUUCUGGAUUUGUCUACCAAUGAGAUACAAUAUAUCUCUAAUCGAGUAUUUCAGGGACUUACUGCACUAGUCCAACUUUCACUUUCACAAAAUAGGAUAUCUGCUAUCGAAUCUAACGCCUUUAAAGGACUGAAGAGUCUUUAUCAGCUUGAUUUGUCCAACAAUAAGAUACAUAGCCUGUUUAAACAUACAUUUAAAGGGUUAGGGAAUCUUCGAAAUUUGAUGGUGGCCAACAACCAUAUUCGGACAGUGCACGUGGACGCAUUUGUAGGUUUAUCCGGACUAACCUAUUUCGAGUUCAAUAAUAACAAAAUAGCCACUCUUCCUGCCAAGGUUUUCACCGACAUGCGUUCUCUCGUAUAUCUAGAUAUGGCUUACAACAGGUUGAACUAUGUGCCUAAAAAUGUAUUUAAGGGAAUAGCCGGUCGCGUUUUUCUGCGAUUAGAUAACAACAGAAUUGAGGAUUUUCCCAGGUUGCCUGAAAACACUAAAAUGCUAGACAUUUCAAACAAUGCUAUUAAAUCGAUUCCUACUGGAUCUUUUGCCAAUGCAAGUAAAUUGUACUUUUUAAAUAUCAUGGGUAAUGAACUUGAAAUUACACAGCAUAUUUUCAAAGGUUUAGAUAAUUUAAGGUAUUUACUAACCGAUAUACCAUUCAUCUGUUGCAAUAAGCCGAAAUCUGUAAGUAAAGAUAAAUGUUUGGAGCUAAAGGAUUCAAACAAAAAUUGUUUACGGACUAUGGAAGGGUGUGAAAUUGCUAAAAGCGAUGCGAUAUCGUCCUGUUCAAAUUUAAUAAGUACUGGCGUACUUAGAGUCUUUCUUUGGAUUAUUGGAAUAUCUGCUUUGUUAGGAAACUUCACCGUGAUUUUCUACCGAUUAGUUUUCGAUAGAGAUAAUAUCAAAAACACGUAUGCAAUUUUUGUACUGAACCUGGGCGUAUCCGAUUUUUUUAUGGGGAUCUAUCUUGCUAUCAUAGGAAUCGCUGAUUAUUACUACAGCGGCGAAUACGCGUGGAAUGAUCAAGAGUGGAGAAAAAGUAUCUUCUGUGUCAUAGGCGGUAUAUUUUCCUUUAUCUCUAGUGAGAUGUCCACAUUCCUCAUACUUUUAGUGACACUUGACAGAUUCCUGGUAAUAGUUCUUCCUCUCUCCCACCUUGCCCGCUGGAGAAUAUCGUGGAUACAGGCAGUCUUUAUCUCCGCCUUCUUCUGGAUUGUUUCUAUCACACUGUCAAUCAUUCCUGUUGCUUCAUUUCAGUCCUAUUUCAAAGGUGACUAUUAUUCGCAAGCAGGGGUGUGUCUCGCCUUGCCACUUCUAGGCGAAAACCAAAAUGGAGCAGAGUACUCAUUUGCAGUAUUCGUUUAUCUGAACAGUUUUAUUUUUGGCGUGAUUGCCUUAGGUCAAAUUUUGAUUAUGUACACCAUUAGAGCAAAAACUAAGGGUAUCACUUCCUCAGCGACAGCUCAGCGAGAACGGACUGUUGCAAAAACCCUUUUCCUUGUUGUUGCGACUGAUUUCUGCUGCUGGUUUCCAGUAGGUAUAAUGGGAGUAAUGGCUAAAUUCGGAAUCAAAAUAUCUGACUUGGCUUAUGCAUGGUUGAUCGUAUUCGUUCUGCCUAUAAAUGCUGCAGUUAACCCUUUCCUCUACACUGUCACAGCAAUUUGGAGAAAGCGAAAACGAGAAUAUAACAGAACUUCGAUGACGUCGACAUCGCGUCAGAGGCGUCAACGGGAGACUAUCGUCAUGGAGACAUCCGCUACCUGCAAGGGUACAAAACAUGAAACCCAUUCAGUAUAGAAGGCUCACCCGACAGGAUCAAGGAUCGAUUGUGAUGGUUGCGGAUGGCACAGUGGCAACAUACUCGUAUUUCACCUACGCGACAGGGGUUUGAUUCUCCGACCAGACGAGAAAAGGUAUGACGUCACACAACCAUGUGGGUUUUCUCUGGAUACUCCGGUUUCUUCACAACAGUAAUACGACAUUAGCAUCAUAUUUGUGAUCGAGUGAUGAACUGUCAUAGAAGGAUUUUCUGUUGAUGCUUAUCAUAACUAGUACAACUGAUUCUUUUGUCACGUGAUGUGCAACAUGUUUUAUGUUAAUCAAUUGAUUAAUAACUGAACUAUUUAUUAAGACAGUUUUGCUUGUUAUACAUCAUAUUUAGUGUUGCCAUGUAAAAAUUAUCUUGUGCAUUAUCUGACAGUCACGAAAUUUUGUGAAGUAUGGUCAUCUGUUUAAAAAAGAAGAAGAAAAAGAAAGAAAAAAAAGAAAAAAAAAAGAUUGGUUAAUUUACUCCAAAAGAAAUUUCUUCAAUGGUUAAUUAAAAAGCAAAAAGAAUACCAGAGUUCUGUGGAAUCAUUGUAAAUAAGUCAUUCGUAAUAAUUGACAUUAAAAUAUGUGCUGAGCACACAGUAUAGUAAAAUAUCUAAAUGAACAUUAGAACCCCUCUAAAUGAACAAGAUCAUAUAUUACUUGUAAGUCUUGUUCUAAAUUACCCAAUGAACAAGAUCAUAUAUUACUUUAAAGUCUUGUUCUAAAUUACCCAAUGAAUAAGAUCAUAUAUUACUUCUAAGUCUUGUUCUAAAUUACCCAGUUUACUUCAUGAGAACUCCUCUAAAUAAGUAUGAUCAUAUAUUACUUGGAAGUCUUGUUCUAAACAAGAUACCGAAUCAUAGCAUGCAGUGUGUUGCCCGGGUUACUGCAUAUAUAACUUUGACAGAGUAUAAUUCAUUUGAGUUAAGAGAUUGGUAUCUUCUCUUUUUCUUUAUGUAAAAGAAUCAAAGCCAGAAACUACAGACCUAUCUGUGUUCAGUCGACUAAAGCGAAAAUAUUUGAAAGACAUCUGACGAAUCACUUGCACAGAUACCUACUUAAGUAUGAACUUCUUCAGGUUUCAGAGAAGAUCACUCAUGCCAAACAACAUUUGGUUCAUCAAUAGAUCAUUGGAUAAUUAACAGUGAUAAUGACAAUAUGGUUGGUAACAUUUUUCUUGAACAAAAAAACCAACAUAACCUAAACGACCAUUAAGUUCUAAAUUAUAAAUAACUAUUGGUGACAGUAUCAUCACAUAGUUUGUUAUGGCUAGAAUAAUAUCUUAACCCAAUUAAGCAAUUGACACCUACACAAUAUGACUUCUGUUUAUUAUAUAUAUAUAUAUGAAAGAUCUGCCGUUAUAUACAAAACAUUCAAGAUUCAAUAUUAACAAAAAAAUUCAAACAGUCAGUGAGAAUGACCUUAAACAAAGCAAUACUACAGGAUCAGGAAAUGUUUAAUGAACUUAACAUACAAAUGUACUACCUUUGGAAUAUAUAAUUCAAUACCAUACUUGUGUUUAUAUAUAUAACUCACUUUACGGAAUGGCCCCUUAAUAUAUAUAUACCAAUCUGUCUCAUUGUCGUAUUAUCCAGUUAUUUAUAUACAAAUAUAGUCUAAUGUCAUUCUCACGAGAAACUAACUCCGAGACCUCGUACAGAAUCAAUUAAAACAAUCACUUUUUGCCACACGAGAUUAAAUACCCUGCAAAAUUAAAAUUGUGUAUCAUUAUUGGAAAUUCUUAGACUGGCUCUCUGUCUCUAAAAAAGGUAAAAUUUUCAAUAAAAUUAACGUCUUUUUAAACCUGACGCAGAUAAUUUAAUAUACGAAUUUAAAGGAGCAAUUGCUGGCAAAAACAUUGAUGGCCAGUCUGCUGAAUUCUAAACACUAUCUGAAAGGUCAUUUAUUAGUCUUACUUUAUUAUAUAUAUAUUAUAUGUUCUGUAUAAAUUACCGGCUAAACCAAAAAGUUAUCAAUACUUUGUCGGCAGUGCCGAGAGCAAGGCACUGUCUUCUAAGAAAAAUUGUAUGCGUGUGUAAUUAAUGAUUAUUGCGUAACUUCAUUUUAGAUAGAUGUAACGUGUGGAUGUGUGUAUUUCCUCAAAUAAUCUACAAGUAGUUUCAUUUUCAAUUAAAUUUUGUAUAUCAUUUUCGUAGAAGUUGUUAAUCAUACUACGAAUAGGGUUAAUGUUGCAUUUACAAUUUAACAGAACAUAAAACAUCAUGUU